CAAGCGGAAGUCGCCUACCCCAAGGACCGGAAAUCCCGCCUUCGCCGGAGAAGGAGCGGAAGAGAGACAGCCAAUGCAGAAGGUAGUUCUCCCGCAGCGGCUACUGAGAAUCCAGCCCCUGGUAUGUGGCCGGAAGCAGGGCGGGGGCGGAUCUUCCUGCCGGAAGUUGUUUUCGAUUGGCCGCCUAGCUGAUAGCUGUGCAGGCAAUCUGAAGCGAGGAACCGAAGCGAGGAUUACACAUUUCAGGGCAGUUUGAGAGCUGGGGACUGAGCUGCUGUGGUGCCGUCAGAUCAUGAGCCCGACCACACACUGGGGAGAUAAGUUCCUGAAUCUGCGGGUGCCCCCCGCCGGGGUGUUUGUUGUGGCCUUCCUUGCCCGAGUGGCCCUGAUUUUCUAUGGGGUCUUCCAGGACCGGACCCUGCUCGUGAGGUAUACGGACAUCGACUACCAGGUCUUCACGGACGCCGCGCGUUUCGUCACGGAGGGGCGCUCCCCUUACCUCAGGGCGACAUACCGAUACACUCCCCUGUUGGCGUGGCUGCUCACUCCCAAUAUCUAUCUAAAUGAACUGUUCGGAAAGUUUCUCUUCAUCAGCUUCGACCUCUUCACCGCCUUCCUCCUAUACCGGCUACUGCUUCUUAAGGGGCUGGGCCGCCGCCAGGCUUGCGGGUACUGUGUCUUUUGGCUUCUUAAUCCCCUACCUAUGGCGGUGUCCAGCCGAGGAAAUGCGGACUCGAUUGUCGCCUCCCUGGUGCUUAUGACCCUGUACCUAAUAGAAAAAAGACUCGUCGCGUGUGCCGCUGUAUCCUAUGGUUUCGCAGUGCACCUGAAGAUGUAUCCGGUGACCUAUAUCCUUCCCAUUGCCCUCCACUUGCUUCCGGAACGCGACAGUGACGAAGGUCCCUGUCAAUCCCGAUAUUCUUUCCAGGUUCGUUUGUACGAAUUCCUGAAAAGGUUGUGUCAUCGGGCUGUGCUGCUCUUCGUAGCAGUUGCUGGACUCACGUUUUUUGCCCUGAGCUUCGGUUUUUAUUACAGAUAUGGUUGGGAGUUUUUGGAGCACGCCUACUUUUAUCACCUGACCAGGCGGGAUAUCCGACACAACUUCUCUCCAUACUUCUACAUGUUGUAUUUGACCGCAGAGAGCAAGUGGAGUUUUUCCCUGGGAAUUGCCGCAUUCCUGCCGCAGUUCAUCUUACUUUCAGCAGUGUCUUUCGCCUAUUACAGAGACCUUGUCUUUUGUUGCUUUCUUCAUACGUCAAUUUUUGUGACAUUUAACAAAGUCUGCACCUCUCAGUACUUUCUUUGGUACCUCUGCCUCCUGCCUCUUGUGAUGCCGCUAGUGAGAAUACCUUGGAGAAGAGCCGUGGUUCUCCUGAUGUUAUGGUUCAUCGGGCAGGCCUUAUGGCUGGCUCCUGCUUAUGUUCUUGAGUUUCAAGGAAAGAACACCUUUUUGUUUAUCUGGUUAGCCGGUUUGUUCUUCCUCCUUAUCAACUGUUCCAUCCUCAUUCAAAUCAUUUCCCAUUACAAGGAGGAACCCCUGACAGACAGAACCAAAUAUGACUGAUAUGCUCCAAUUCUUCUGCGACUUGGAUUCUGAUUGUUCUGAAUGGAUCACAGAGAGCUUUGGAGAAAUUUUUUUUUGAACAUCCUAAGCACUCUAGUGAAAGUUCAGUUUGGAGCAUAAAACUAUUCCAACAAAUUUAAAUGAACGUUUGCCUUACUUAUAGAGGGGGCUCAAUAAUUGAGUUUCACCCUUUGGGAAACCUCAGGACUCAUUCAUCUGGGACAUGAUGGGAAGUAAAGGUUCAGUUCAGUUCAGUUCAGUCGCUCAGUCGUGUCCGACUCUUUGUGACCUCAUGAAUCGCAGCGCGCCAGGCCUCCCUGUUCAUCA